CUGCCCGGGGCCGGGGCGGCGCAGUCUCGCGGGAUCGCGCAGCUCUCGCUCCCCGUGCGGCUCCGGGCGCUGGACUCGCCGACACCGGGGCCGCCUCAGGUCGCGGCCGGACGGCGGCUGCACGGGGCCGGGCAGAGCCGCCUGGGAUCGCCGCCGAGGAGAAGAGCUGCCUUCAGCAUGGCGGAAUGAUGAAGGGAGACAUUAGAAGGCUCUCCCUUGGGUCGGCAAUCUGAGAAGGAGAAGAGCCAUUCAGCCAAGCCAUGCGGUAGGAGCAGGAGGCUGGAGAGGGCGGAGAUGCCGGCGAUGCUGUGGGUCUGUGUUUUCCUGCCCCUGGUCAGAGGGCACAGCCUUUUCACCUGUGAGCCCAUCACUGUGCCCCGCUGCACGAAAAUGGCCUACAACAUGACGUUUUUCCCCAACCUGAUGGGCCAUUACGACCAGAACACUGCUGCUCUGAAAAUGGAGCACUUCCUUCCUCUUGCAAAUCUGAAUUGUUCACCAAAUGUUGAAACUUUCCUUUGCAAAGCUUUUGUACCAACCUGCACAGAGCAAAUUCAUGUGGACCCACCUUGUCGUAAAUUUUGUGAAAAAGUAUAUUCUGAUUGCAAAAACUUAAUUGACACUUUUGGGAUCCAGUGGCCUGAGGAACUUAAAUGCGACAGAUUACAGUAUUGUGAUGAGACUGCUCCUGUAACACUUGAUCCACACACAGAGUUUCUCGGUCCUCAGAAGAAAACAGAACAAGUCCAAAGAGACAUUGGAAUAUGGUGUCCAAGGCAUCUUAAGACCUCUGGGGGACAAGGCUAUAAAUUCCUGGGAAUUGACCAGUGUGCACCUCCGUGCCCCAACAUGUAUUUUAAAAGCGAUGAGCUGGAGUUCGCAAAAAGCUUUAUCGGAAUAGUUUCAAUCUUCUGUCUGUGCGCAACUCUGUUCACAUUCCUUACCUUUUUAAUUGAUGUUAAAAGAUUCAGAUACCCAGAGAGACCAAUUAUAUAUUACUCAGUCUGUUACAGCAUUGUAUCUCUUAUGUAUUUUAUUGGAUUCUUGCUAGGCAAUAGCACAGCCUGCAAUAAAGCCGACGAGAAGCUAGAAGUUGGUGAGACGGUAGUGCUAGGCUCUCAAAAUAAGGCUUGCACCAUUUUGUUUAUGUUUUUGUAUUUUUUCACCCUGGCCGGCACUGUGUGGUGGGUGAUCCUGACCAUUACUUGGUUCUUGGCUGCAGGAAGAAAAUGGAGCUGUGAAGCCAUUGAGCAAAAAGCAGUGUGGUUUCACGCCGUGGCCUGGGGGACGCCAGGCUUUCUCACUGUCAUGCUGCUUGCAAUGAAUAAGGUUGAGGGGGACAACAUCAGUGGAGUGUGCUUUGUUGGCCUCUAUGACCUGGAUGCUUCUCGCUACUUUGUCCUCUUGCCGCUGUGCCUCUGUGUGGUUGUCGGGCUGUCUCUCCUCUUAGCCGGAAUCAUCUCCUUAAAUCACGUGCGGCAAGUGAUACAACAUGAUGGCCGCAACCAAGAAAAACUGAAGAAAUUCAUGAUUCGAAUUGGAGUCUUCAGUGGCCUGUAUCUCGUGCCAUUAGUGACCCUUCUUGGGUGUUACGUCUAUGAGCAAGCGAACAGGCUCACCUGGGAGAUCACAUGGGUCUCUGACCACUGUCGUCAGUACCACAUCCCAUGUCCUUAUCAGGCAAAAGCAGAAAGUCGACCAGAAUUGGCUUUGUUUAUGAUAAAAUAUCUGAUGACAUUAAUUGUUGGCAUCUCUGCCGUCUUCUGGGUUGGAAGCAAAAAGACAUGCACAGAGUGGGCUGGGUUUUUUAAACGCAAUCGCAAGAGAGAUCCAAUCAGUGAGAGUCGAAGAGUACUACAGGAGUCAUGUGAGUUUUUCUUAAAGCACAACUCUAAAGUUAAACACAAAAAGCACUACAAGCCAAGUUCACAUAAGCUGAAGGUCAUUUCCAAAUCCAUGGGGACCAGCACAGGAACGUCAGCAAAUCAUGGCACUUCUGCAAUAGCGAUUGCUAACCACGAUUACUUAGGACAAGAAACUUUGACAGAAAUUCAAACUUCUCCGGAAACAUCAGUGAAGGAAGUGAGAGAAGACGGAGUGAACACCCCCAAACCCAGAGCACAGGACUGUGGGGGACCUGCCUCCCCAGCGGGAUCCAGCUCCAAACUCUGUGGGGAGCAGGCUGACGGGAAAGGCCGGGCAGGCCACGGGACCGAGAAGAGCAGUGUGUCCGAAAGUGCGCAGAGUGAAGGAAGGGGGGCUCCAAAGACUGGUGUCACCGAAGCCGGCCCCGUGCAGAGCAACAGCUUGCAGGUCCCCUGUCCUUCAGAACCAAGCAGCCCCAACGGCUCCACGUCGCUGCUCAGCCGCUCGGCUCCGGGAGCUGGAAAAGAGCAGGGCGCCGGCAGCCACGCGGACACCUGAAAACCAGCUCAUCUCGUUACUUAGAGUGUCACUGUGUCACACUGGAGGCGGUGUGCAUACACCGUCGUACAAGAACCACUAUUAUAUCCUUCCUUUGUGCUUUGAGUUGCACUGCCUGCUGUUACACUGGAAACAAGAAAUGCUGAGAAUAAUACGACCCAUUUCACAUAGAGGUCAGUGACAGCAAUAUACCCGAAAGACAGAAAUGUGCAGGUUAGUAAUAUUUUCUUAAAUUGUGUGGGAAGAGGGAGUUAGAGGAAUCUUCCUUUUUUUAUUUAUGAAGAUUCUGCUCUUGUUAAAAGUAUUUUAAGGUGUACAAUGCUAUUUUACUUUUAUGAUAUAAAAUCAAGAUUUUUCUCUGCUGAAGUAUUUAAAACUUAUCCUUACAUAUUUUUUAUGUAUUUGAAAAUAAGUUUAUAUGUAUUUGAAGUUUUUUUUAGAUAUCCUGGAAAAUCUACUCAAAUAUUUUAUUAUGUUACCUGAUAUCUUAUUUUCACACUACUUUGGUAGCUUUUACACUGAACUGCUAAGAAAAUUGAAAAAUAGUAUUUUUUUGUAGAAUAAAAAGUUGGCACAUCAGAGGUGUCAUAAUGGGAAUUCAACUAAAAAAUCCACUUACUGUACCUUACUGUCUUCAGUAUGUGAAUUUUAUAAGUCGAAUUGUUUUUAUAAGUUUCACAGCUCUAUUACACAACUGAAAUAAGGUGCUCUUUGAAAGAGUGUCUAAUGUUUAUAUUAUGUUGCUUGCUGCUCCUUUUACAUUUUAAAAAUAAAAUGUCCUGCAGGAUUAGUAGAUGGACUGUUACUCUUCUAUAAAUUAAGCCAAGUGCAAUCGAUUUUUUUUAAUGUUUCUUGCCCACCCAGGAUUAUGUUGUUAUGACCACUACAGUUGCUUAUACUUUUGUUUUAACUGUUGUCUUUUAACACUUAGAAUACUACAUAUGGUUUGUAUUUGUGCAGUAUCUUUUCCAGAUAUUAUGUAGAAUUCAUUUCUGCAGCUAAAUAGGAUUUUGCUGAACAUGAAAAAGUAUGUCAGCAAUAUUAGUGCCAAUCAAAUGAAAAAAAUGUAGUCCUGACAAAAUAAGUCAAAUUUCAUAUAAUAUACUUUAAAAUACUGAAGAAUAUUCUUAACUUUGUUUCUAAUUAAGUAGUAUUCCUCAAAUAGGUUUUCUGAUGCUUUUGGUUUUUUCUCUAUUACCAUUCACUUAGAACAUACAAAGAAAAUUAUCAUGUACUGUAUGGAAAACGUUGUAAAUACUAACUUUUUCACAUUUGUUAACUUUGUAUACAAAAACCUUUUUUUAUGUGAUCUUUUCAGUAAUAAAAUUUUCUUUAUAUAAGA